GGCUAGCGCCAGAUGCAGAGCGCGGUAUUGUCGGUGGAGCGUCAGGUCUUGAUAUACUUUUUGCAAAGAGGAAAUGAUUUGGUAAUGGAGUGUUCUCACUGACCGAUGGACUCAAAGAAGAGAAGCUCAACAGAGGCAGAAGGAUCCAAAGAAAGAGGCCUGGUUCAUGUCUGGCAGGCAGGAUCCUUUCCCAUAACACCUGAGAGAUUGCCGGGCUGGGGAGGAAAGACUGUUCUGCAAGCAGCCCUGGGAGUGAAACAUGGAGUUCUUCUGACUGAAGAUGGUGAAGUCUACAGCUUUGGGACCCUUUCUUGGAGAAGUGAACCAGCAGAGAUUUGUCCAAGUAGCCCUGUUCUAGAAAAUGCCCUGGUUGGGCAAUACGUUGUUACUGUGGCAACAGGAAGCUUCCACAAUGGAGCCGUGACAGAAAGUGGUGUAGUGUACAUGUGGGGGGAGAAUUCUGCUGGCCAGUGUGCUGUAGCUAACCAGCAGUAUGUGCCAGAACCAAGUCCUGUCAGCAUUUCUGAUUCUGAGACCAGUCCUUUGCUAUCAGUCAGGAUUUUGCAGUUGGCCUGUGGCGAGGAGCACACUCUGGCAUUGUCAAUCAGCAGAGAGAUUUGGGCAUGGGGUACUGGUUGUCAGUUGGGUCUCAUCACCACCACCUUCCCAGUGACAAAGCCCCAAAAGAUAGAACAUCUCGCUGGGCGAGUGGUGCUCCAAGUUGCCUGUGGUGCUUUCCACAGCUUAGCACUUGUACAAUGCCUCCCUUCUCAGGAUUUGAAGCCAGUCCCAGAAAGAUGCAACCAGUGCAGCCAGCUCUUAAUCACCAUGACUGACAAAGAAGACCAUGUGAUUAUAUCAGACAGCCAUUGUUGCCCAUUAGGUGUGACACUGUCAGAAUCCCAGGCAGAAAGCCAUGCCAGCGCUGCCAUCAGCCCCUCACCUGAAACCCUUGGCAGCCAGGGAGUUGAGAACGCUCCUGCAGCAAAGGACGCGCCUGUCACCACUGAACUGAAUGGGGAAAGCGUUCAGACCACCAGUGGCGAUGCCAUUUCUUCCCAACAGAAUAUCAUGGGAACAACUGAAAUUUCUUCUGCCAGAAACAUACCAUCAUACCCUGACACCCAGGCAGUAAAUGAGCACUUGCAGAAAUUGUCAGAUCAUUCAAUAAAAGAGGACUCAGAGAACAGUGAAAAGCCAGCAGCACCUCAGCCUCUUGUGGAAGAAGCAAUUCCUCAUCUUCACAGUCCAUCAACCACCAGCACCUCAGCUCUAAACAGCCUGGUGGUGUCUUGUGCAUCUGCUGUUGGUGUGAGAGUGGCCGCUACGUAUGAAGCUGGUGCCUUGUCACUGAAGAAGGUUAUGAACUUUUAUAGUACGCCCCCUUGUGAAACUGGAGCUCAGGCCGGCAGUAGUGCCAUAGGCCCCGAAGGCUUGAAAGAUAGCAGAGAAGAACAGGUUAAGCAGGAAUCGAUGCAAGGAAAGAAAAGUUCAAGUCUUGUGGAUAUCAGAGAAGAAGAAUCAGAGGGUGGCAGUCGAAGACUCUCCCUCCCAGGAUUGUUGUCACAAGUUUCCCCCAGGCUCUUAAGAAAGGCUGCACGAGUGAAAACGAGGACAGUGGUUCUGACCCCCACAUACAGUGGAGAAGCAGAUGCGCUCCUGCCUUCUCUGAGAACAGAGGUGUGGACCUGGGGGAAAGGGAAGGAAGGGCAGCUGGGGCAUGGUGAUGUUCUGCCUAGGCUUCAACCGUUGUGUGUAAAAUGUCUGGAUGGUAAAGAAGUAAUCCAUCUGGAGGCGGGUAGUUACCAUUCUCUUGCACUUACUGCAAAAUCCCAGGUUUACUCAUGGGGUAGCAAUACCUUUGGUCAACUGGGGCAUUCUGAUUUUCCAACGACAGUUCCUCGUCUUGCGAAGAUAAGCAGUGAAAAUGGAGUUUGGAGUAUAGCUGCAGGCCAGGAUUAUUCCCUGUUUUUAGUGGAUACAGAAGACUUCCAGCCUGGGUUAUAUUACAGUGGUCGACAGGAGCCUACAGAAGGUGACAACCUUCAAGAGAAUCACAGUGGUACUAAGACUCCAGUACUUCUCUCCUGUAGUAAGCUGGGCUACAUAAGCAGAGUGACAGCAGGGAAAGAUAGCUAUCUCACCUUGGUGGAUAAAAACAUUAUGGGUUAUAUUGCCAGUCUCCAUGAGUUGGCUACAACGGAAAGGCGGUUCUAUUCAAAAUUAAGUGAUAUCAAGUCUCAGAUUCUUAGGCCUCUUCUCAGUUUAGAAAAUUUGGGCACUGCGACUACAGUUCAGCUAUUGCAGGAGGUGGCAAGCCGAUUCAGCAAGCUGUGUUACCUAAUUGGUCAGCAUGGAGCCUCACUGAGCAGCUUCCUUCACGGGAUAAAGGAAUCCAGGAGUUUGGUCAUUCUGAAGCAUGCAAGUCUCUUCUUGGAUAGUUAUACAGAGUACUGUACAUCUAUUACAAAUUUCCUGGUUAUGGGAGGAUUCCAGCUUCUUGCUAAGCCUGCCAUUGAUUUCUUAAAUAAAAACCAAGAGCUGUUGCAAGAUUUAUCGGAAGUGAAUGAUGAAAACACUCAGUUGAUGGAAAUACUGAAUACUCUGUUUUUCUUGCCAAUCAGACGACUUCAUAAUUAUGCAAAAGUUUUGCUAAAGCUUGCUACUUGUUUUGAAGUGACAUCUCCAGAAUAUCAGAAACUUCAGGAUUCCAGUUCUUGUUAUGAGUCUCUUGCUCUCCAUCUCGGCAGGAAAAGGAAGGAAGCAGAAUACACACUGGGCUUCUGGAAGACCUUUCCUGGAAAAAUGACGGAUUCCCUGAGGAAGCCAGAGCGUCGACUGCUGUGUGAGAGCAGUAACCGAGCCCUGUCUCUGCAGCAUGCUGGGAGGUUUUCUGUGAAUUGGUUCAUUCUCUUUAAUGAUGCCCUGGUCCAUGCCCAGUUCUCCACGCACCAUGUUUUCCCCUUGGCCACGCUGUGGGCGGAGCCACUGUCUGAAGAAGCUGGUGGUGUGAAUGGCUUAAAGAUAACCACACCUGAGGAGCAGUUCACUCUCAUUUCAUCAACACCCCAGGAAAAGACUAAGUGGCUACGGGCCAUAAGCCAAGCUGUGGAUCAGGCUUUGAGGGGGACAUCUGAUCUUCCACCUUAUGGAAGUGGGAGCAGUGUUCAGAGGCAGGAACCACCCAUUUCACGCAGUGCCAAAUAUACUUUCUACAAGGAUCCUCGCCUCAAGGAUGCAACCUAUGACGGACGCUGGCUUUCAGGGAAGCCUCAUGGCAGAGGGGUUUUGAAGUGGCCUGAUGGAAAGAUGUAUUCUGGCAUGUUCAGGAAUGGCUUGGAAGAUGGGUAUGGAGAAUACAGAAUCCCAAACAAGGCAAUGAACAAAGAAGAUCAUUAUGUGGGCCUUUGGAAAGAAGGAAAAAUGUGUGGUCAAGGAGUCUAUAGUUAUGCCUCUGGUGAAGUGUUUGAGGGCUGUUUUCAAGAUAACAUGCGUCAUGGUCAUGGUCUCCUGCGAAGUGGGAAAUUGACUUCCUCUUCUCCCAGUAUGUUCAUUGGCCAGUGGGUAAUGGAUAAGAAAGCAGGAUAUGGUGUCUUUGAUGAUAUCACUAGAGGGGAAAAGUACAUGGGACUGUGGCAAGAUGAUGCAUGUCAAGGGAAUGGUGUGGUCGUUACCCAGUUUGGAUUAUACUAUGAAGGCAACUUUCACCUUAACAAAAUGAUGGGAAAUGGGGUUUUACUCUCCGAAGAUGAUACUAUCUAUGAGGGAGAAUUUUCAGAUGACUGGACUCUUAGUGGAAAGGUUGGAAACUAA